UUAAAACUGUAACUGUCAAAGUUUGUUAUUGUCUAUGUCUAUAGUCUCUUUUUCAUCCGGUUGUCAAGAUGGGUAUCGACAUCAACCAUAAACAUGACAGGAAGGUGCGACGCACCGAAGUUAAAUCUCAGGAUGUGUACCUGAGGCUGUUGGUCAAACUGUACCGCUACUUGGCGAGACGUACCGAUGCCAAGUUCAACCAGAUUAUCCUACGGCGUUUAUUCAUGAGCCGUAUCAACAGGCCGCCGAUCUCCCUGUCCCGCCUGGCGCGUCACAUGAAGAAGCCCACUCGCGAGGGUCUGAUCGCCGUCGUGGUCGGUUCCAUCACCAACGACGUGAGGCUGUACAAUGUGCCCAAGCUCACGGUGGCCGCUCUCCACGUCACGGAGAAGGCUCGUGCCCGCAUCUUGGCUGCUGGAGGAGAGAUCCUGACGUUCGACCAGCUGGCGCUGCGCGCGCCCACGGGCCGCAAGACGGUGCUGAUCCAGGGCCGGCGCAACGCGCGCGAGGCCGUGCGCCACUUCGGGCCGGCGCCGGGCGCGCCGCGCUCGCACACCAAGCCCUACGUGCGCUCCGCCGGCCACGAGCGCGCCCGGCCCAGCCGCCGCUCCAAUGUUUAAUUAAUAUAGGGAGAACAGCUUA